GAUCAAACGGCUCAGAUGGGGCUUGUAACCGUACAAAAAAUGGGACGGUUGUAAUCCUCGUUGUCAACAUACCUACCGGACUGAACCAAGCUCUCAAUUUUAGAUAAACGGAUAACAUAAUACUGCAGAGCUCCUGCUUCACUGGACUGAGCUUCCAGGGGCUGCAAAUGGCCGCUCUUAGCCUUGGCAUCGCCUUCUCCACAACAGUCACUGUCCGCACAAGGCCAAUAACAAGAACCAGUCGCAGGCCCCGAAUCUCCUGCGUUGGAUGGGAUCCAGAGGGGUUAUUUGGUCCUCCACAGACGGGCCACAUCGCCCGACGCGAGUUCCAAAGACGCCUGGAGAGAGACGCCGAGGUUCGUGAGGCAUUUGAGCAACAUACCCGCGAAGAGAAAGAGCGUCGCCGAGCUCUGCGCCGAUCUCGAGUUAUACCGGAUACUCCAGCGGAGCUUAUUGAGUACUUUCUUGAAACUGAGGCUCAGGAGAUCGAGUUUGAGAUUGCGAGGAUGAGGCCCCGAUUGAAUCAGGAAUUCUUCUCACAUCUACAAUUUGAACUGGGGCAGCUUCGGUUUGCUGUCUCAAAAACAGAGGAUAUGGAGGAUAGAUUGAUUGAACUGGAAGCACUGCAGAAGGCUCUGCUGGAAGGCACAGAAGCCUAUGAUAAAAUGCAAGGUGAACUUGUAAAGGCAAGGAACAGCCUAACCAAAAUCUUGACAUCGAAGGAUGUGAAAGCAACUUUGUUAGAGAUGGUUGAGAAGAAUGAACUCAAUAGAUCCUUGUUGACACUUCUUGAUGAAAAUAUAUCAAAUGCCAACCAAAGUAACCAGAAAGAAGCAGCAGCUUUCAUGGAAAAGCUUCGUGCAGCUAUGCUCAAGUACAUGACAGUUUAGCACUCGAUGGCUUGACUAUCUGGUUGAUCCAGACCCUGAUUGUGGGAAAGAGUGAAGCUUUGCCUCUCAGUAGUCAGAAAUAAGAACAAUAUGUGAGUUAUUUUGACUUGCAAAGUGGCACCUAAUGCCAAUCAGUUGUAAAAACUAGUUGCUUGCCUAUUACCUAAAAGCAUUAAGUUGUGAACUAUUACAAAUAGAAGGACUAGGUAUAGAAAGAAGUGAGAAGAGUAGUUAAAAGAAUGGAGGGAAAAGCUGUUAAUUGAAUGUGAGUUUGUUAGAGGCAGUUAUAAUGUAGCCAGCUGUUAGAUCUGGUGGGAACAAGGAGUAAUCAUUGUAUAACAGAGCUGGAAAGCUCAAUACUGAUUACUCCAAGAUAUUUUAAUAAAAUCUCAGUUCUUUCUCUCAA